UGUCGUCGUCAUUAACGAAUGCGAGACUGAUUUCCAGUUGUGGAAUCUCGCAACCUGAAUCAAAAACCAACAGGUAACUGUACGGCAAACUUACAAUUCUCAUCUCUUUCCAUUCCCGGUUCUCUCCUUACAACUCCAACACUCAAAUAAUUAAAGAGAAUCCGUAAAAUGCAAGCUAAACAAAUCUCGCACCAUUCCAUCUUCUUGUAAUCACUUGGAAAUUUUUCCGCAACUGAAAGAAAAUUAAGCAAAAUUUAAUCGCAAAAAUGGCGCGGAUCUUCGAGUAUUUUGUGGUUUGUGGAUUGGGUCCAGAGAUUCGAACUUUGGAUGGGAACAAAGGGUAUCAUGGAAAAGAAGUGAUGUAUUUGCCUUCUCUGCUCGAUCAGUAUCCUCCUGAUUAUCACACUCUCUAUCCACCGCCUCCUCCCCAGCUUCCAACAUGUGUUUUGCCUGCUGGUGUUCUGUUUUACUCUUCUGGAUUUGAUGCUAACGAUGCCUCUACUUUUCCACGGAGCUAUCCCAUUGUUUUGACGGAGGGCGAUGGGUCAAAAAUUUAUGUUAGUUGCAUUAGUUUUCGGGAUCCAGUCAGUGAGGAUAUUGCUGAAGCUUACCGCAUACCAGCAAAUUCAUUUGCUGACAAAUGUAUUUGUCUUGUUUCACGUUCACCCAGUUUCGGUAUACUUCGGAAUGCGCUAGAAGAGAUAUUUGCACUUUGCUUUUCCCCCAGUGGAAGUAGCAAGCCAUUAUGGGAUGUUAUUGCGCACAUGGUAUCCAAUGUACCUUUGCCUACUCCUGGAAGGGACCGAGUCUUGUUUGCUAUUGAGAAUUGUUUGCUUUCUGUGGAGGCUCCACCAAAAGAUGGGCUUCCACAUGCUGAUAUAUCUUUUCAGCCACUGGUACAAUGCUUGGAUGUGGACAACUUGAUCAACUUUUUUACUGCUGUAUUGCUUGAGAGGAGGAUUUUGCUUCGAUCCAAUAAGUAUUCUAUUUUAACUCUAGUAUCAGAGGCCAUAUGCCAUUUAAUUUAUCCUUUCAGGUGGCAGCAUGUCUACAUUCCAUUACUAUUUUUCAGUGGAGUAGACUACAUUGAUGCUCCUACACCAUAUAUGAUGGGUCUCCAUUCUGGUGUUGAUACGUCAUAUCUUGCAAUGGAUGGUGUAGUUAUUGUAGACCUCGAUUAUAAUCGAAUCAGCACAACAGAGGAAAUACCCCCUAUCCCAGAGCCAGAAUUAAGUUCCUUGCGUGGUGACAUAUUGAAGUUAUUGUUCCGUAAUGUCAUGGAGAUAGAUGAAAUGAAGGCUGGUGCAUUCAGUUCAUCUGAGCAAUAUUUUAAAGGUUGCAACAAGCCAUGGGGAGAGGAUCAUGACCUCCAACUUAGGUUAAUAUUCUUAAAGUUCUUUGCAUCAAUUUUAGGUGGCUACCGCAAUUUCAUUGAAAAUGGUGCAACAAAUGUUUUCAACAAUCAAGCAUUCUUGAAGAAGCGUUCUCGAUCAACAAACCAGCCACCAGAGCCCAUGAUCAUGCAGUUUUUAGACUCUCAUGGUUUCUUGGACUAUCUAGAGAGAGGUGUAGGUUCUGAUGAAAAUAAUAAUAAUCUCCUAGACAAGUUACAAGAUGCAAUUGGAAGGGGUCAAAAUCCUAUUUCUAUUCUUCCCUCAUUGUCGGUAGAGCCUGAUAUUAUAACCAUUUCAGAUCAAGAUAUGGGAACUUCAGGAUCAGGUGCCAAAUAUACAUAUGAUAGGUUUCCUUCAAAUAUUAGAUCUGAAGAGCAAGAGGAGAAGAGGAAGCAGAUUCUUGCAGCAGCAAGUGGAGCUUUUGAGUAUAUAAAGCAUGCUCCUAGCUCGCCAUCUGUGCAAGUGGGUAAGGAUGCUCUUAGUCCAAUGGAGAGAGCUGCAGAAAGGGAACGCAUGGUUUUGGACAUUAAAGUUAAGCUGCAGGGAUUGUGGCUGCGUCUUCUGAAACUUGGAGCUACUGAUGAUCCCCUCUCUUCAUUUGAAUAUGGCACAAUUGUUGCAUUGAUUGAAUCUGAUGCAGAGGGUAUUGGUGGCAGUGGAUUUGUUGAAUGUAUAAGGGAGCAUAUACACUCAGGAUGGCACUGUCAAUUGACUGAUGAGCAGUUUAUUGCAGUGAAAGAAUUGCUUAAAACAGCCAUUAGUCGUGCAACAUCUCGGGAUGAUGUCUCAACUGUUAUAGAUGCCCUUGAAGUAUCUGCUGAGAUGUAUAAAAGGGAUGCUAAUAAUGUUCCCGACUAUGUCCAGCGCCAUCUAAUUUCACUUUCCAUAUGGGAGGAGCUGCGGUUUUGGGAAGGCUACUUUGACCAUCUUAUGGAGCAUUCUUCAGUCAAGUCGACCAAUUAUGCAGCUUUAGUUGCUACGCAACUAAUUCUGGUGGCAUCUCACAUGGCUGGAUUGGGACUUCCUGAUACUGAUGCUUGGUAUAUGGUUGAGACUUUGGCAGAGAGGAAUAAUAUUGGAUACAAGCAACUUAUAAAACUUAGAGGAUUUUUAUCACAUGCACAGCAACUCCGUAUUGGUUACUGGGGAAUCUCAUCUGUUAAGGCACAAUCUUUGUCCAUGUUAUCUCAUGGAUUGUCCUCCCCCCGUCCUAUGGAUGUUACUGAUGAGAAUCAGCAACCUGCUGAGGCCACUGGUGUUGGCAGGAGCUGGGUUCAAAGCAUGUUCAGCAGGGACUCAUCAAGGGUAAAUUCUUUUGCCCGUGGUCGUAAAUCAACUGAGAUAAACGAGAAUGGGACUCCUCGAAAACAAGAUUCAUCUGCUACUGGGCAAAAGAAAAUUCAGACUAAUGUUCGUGUACUUAGGGGUCACAGUGGUGCUAUUACUGCUUUGCAUUGCGUAACAAGAAGGGAGGUGUGGGAUCUGGUGGGCGACCGUGAGGAUGCAGGCUUUUUUAUCAGUGGAAGCACUGAUUGUAUGGUUAAGAUAUGGGAUCCCAGUAUUCGUGGUUCUGAACUUCGUGCAACUUUGAAAGGGCAUUCAAGAACUGUUCGUGCUAUAAGUUCUGAUCGAGCAAAGGUGGUUUCAGGAUCUGAUGAUCAGUCUGUUAUUGUUUGGGAUAAGCAAACAGCUCAGCUUUUAGAAGAGCUGAAGGGCCAUGAUGGUCAGGUCAGCUGUGUCCGUAUGCUGUCAGGCGAACGUGUUCUUACUUCGGCCCAUGAUGGAACUGUGAAGAUGUGGGAUGUUCGAACUGAUACCUGUGUAGCAACAGUUGGCCGUUGCUCUAGUGCAGUUCUAUGCAUGGAGUACGAUGAUUCCACUGGAAUCUUGGCAGCUGCUGGUAGAGAUGCGGUUGCAAACAUUUGGGACAUCCGUGCUGGUCGCCAAAUGCACAAGCUGUUAGGGCAUACAAAAUGGAUUCGAUCAAUUAGAAUGGUAGGAGACACACUGGUUACUGGAAGUGAUGAUUGGACAGCGAGAAUGUGGUCAGUUUCACGAGGAACAUGUGAUGCUGUUCUAGCCUGCCAUGCUGGUCCAAUCUUAUGUGUUGAGUAUUCCAUUUCAGACAGAGGAAUAAUAACAGGUUCAACUGAUGGGCUACUCCGAUUUUGGGAAAAUGAGGAAGGAGGUAUAAGAUGUGUGAAGAAUGUAACCAUCCAUUCUGCUGCCAUAUUAUCUAUUAAUGCUGGUGAACAUUGGUUGGGAAUUGGAGCAGCUGACAAUUCCAUGUCUCUGUUCCAAAGACCUCAAGAGCGACUUGGUGGCCUCUCUAGCCCCGGCUCAAAAAUGUCUGGUUGGCAGCUUUACAGAACCCCACAAAAGACAGUUGCUAUGGUGAGAUGUGUGGCCUCUGACCUCGAACGGAAACGGAUAUGCAGUGGUGGUAGAAAUGGAGUUUUAAGAUUAUGGGAAGCAACUAUCAACAUCUGACCUCGUAUUAUAUGGUUUGUAAUGUUGUAGUGAUGGGGAGUGCUUUUAUGUUGAUGUUGUAAAUUCAACUUGCUUGAACCUAUAGAAUUUUGUGUAUGAUUUGAGCAUUCAAAAUUAAACCCCAAAUAUAAUGUGGGGAUCGGUUUUCGAGCCUUGAUUUUUGUAUUCCAUAAUAUCCAUUUUUUACUAAAUUCAGCAUUGAAAAGAAUUUUUAUAGUUGUAGAUCAUUAUGAGAUAGAGAGAACCAAGUUUUGAUUACUUAAA